GGAAGAGGCGGGGUUUCUGCUUUCAGCUGCAUUGUGGGAGCGCCGGGAAAACGCUGCAAAUACUCACGUUGUUCAAUAGUGUGGAUUUCUACGAAGUCGUCGACUCAAGAUUAAAACAUGUCUAUUGGUGUUCCCAUCAAAGUCCUGCAUGAAGCAGAGGGUCACAUCGUGACCUGCGAGACAAACACUGGUGAGGUGUACAGGGGCAAACUGAUUGAAGCAGAGGAUAACAUGAACUGCCAGAUGUCCAACAUUACAGUGACCUAUCGAGACGGCAGAGUGUCCCAGCUGGAGCAGGUGUACAUCCGCGGCAGCAAAAUACGCUUUCUCAUUCUGCCUGACAUGUUGAAAAACGCCCCUAUGUUAAAGAGUAUGAAAAACAAAAACCAAGGGGCAGGAGCUGGAAGAGGCAAAGCUGCUAUUCUCAAAGCACAAGUCGCAGCAAGGGGCAGAGGACGAGGAGGACCAGGAGGAAGGGGAAAUAUUUUCCAGAAAAGGCGAUAGUGUGAAUCCUGUUUCUAUCACAAUGUCAUUUUGUACAGUUUUAUUUUCCUUUUGAGAAAUUGUGUGCUUUUUUUUCUUGGUUUGUUAAAAUUGGUGAUCUUGUUUUUUUGUUGAUUUUGCAAUAAAGUUUUUUCCACUUUUCUCAUGUAAUAAAGCUGGUUAAUUAUA